AUGCUGCCGUACCUGUUCCCCGAUCUGUCCACCUUUACUACAGUCGCCGAUCUUAUCACCCACCUUCGCACUAGUGAUGCUCGCCUGCGUGCCGCCCUUCCCACCGAGUUCUGCGCUAAGAACCCCCCUCCACUGUACUGGACACUCCACUUCAUAGUCACCCGUCUCCCUGACACCCUCCGCUCAGUUCGAGACCACUUCCUUGCUCGCUGUCCCACUGAGCUCACAGUCGCCCUCCUAGAGGAGCACCUGCUCGCGGCCGAAAAGAGCAUUGUAGCUGUCGGUGCUGCUCGUGGCGCUCCUCGCACCCCCAUCUUUGAGGGGUGUUCUCCCUCUCCCCUCGCUCCCUCCUACGCUGCUGCUGCUGCUGUUGACUUCCUUGGUGCUGAGUCUGUUGGCGCUGCUUCUACUCCUGGUGGGAGGCGCCGCACCGGCAAGGGCAAGGGGGGCAAGGGUGGUGGUGGUGGCGCUGGGGGGGGAGGAGGUGGGGGAGGUGGGGGGGGAGGCGGUGCUGGAGGGAGCGGUGGCGGGAGCGCUGGUGGGAGUGGGGUCGGUGGUGGAGACGGGGGCGGCGGAGGGAGCAGUGGCAGUAGUGGCGGCGGCGGCGGUGGCGGCGGUGGCGGUGGUGGCGGUGGUGGCGGUGGCGGUCGGAGCGGUGGUAGUGGUGGCGGCGGAGGUCGGAGUGGAGGCACUGGCUCUGGCCAGAGCUCCCAGCAGCAGCAGCGUCCCCAGACGACCCAGCAGCUUCGUGAGUGGCUUGCUCAGCGUGGGACGUCGGGGGCCAGUGCCCGCUGUUCUUAUGUCAUUCGCACAGGUGACCGCAAGGGACAGACGUGUGGGAGGUUCCACACCCCGUACCGCUGCUUCUCCCGCCUUGACGACGCUUGGCGUGAGGAGAUGGGUGCGGAUGUUGAGCGCCCCCGCUGGGCUGAGCUCAUGAGGGCUGGUGUUGAUGUCUUUGCUCUUGACUAUGAUGCUAUUAUUGCUGCCAUUGCUGUCCCGACUGGUUUCGAGUCUGCUCUCUCAGGUACAGCACCCACAGAGACUGCUCUCUCAGGUACCGCACCGGCUGAGGCCUGUCACACCUUCACCCUUGACUCAGUCCUUGCCCAGUCCACCACUGUCCUCCCUUGUCCGGCGGUUCCGUCUGGCUCGUUGUCGGGUUUCCACCUCCCCUCGUUCUCGACGAACCUGGUGAGCAACGCUGUCCUCCAGGAUCAGUGGGUUGACACCUUUACCCCUGGCGGACAGCGUGUGGCGAUCUGCACGUGCUCCAGGACCGGCCGUCACCUGGCUACGUUCACCCGUCGGCCGGGGUCGAGUCUCUACACACUGACCACUGCGUCUCCCCAGGUAGCUGCUGUCGGUCAGGUGUCUGCGUCAGGUCUGGUGGCCCACGCCUGUGAGUGUCGUUCCCUGUCGCACCAGACUCUUCUCUGGCACCACCGCCUGGGUCACCCCUCCUUGCCACGCCUUCGUGGCAUGCACCGUCGCCUCCUUGUGUCCGGUCUUCCCAGGUCCCUCCCUCCCCUCCCUGCCUCGCCUGCGCCGCCCUGCCUUCCUUGCGUCGAGGGGCGGCAGCGCGCCGCUCCUCACUCCUCCUCGUUCCCCCCGACAGAGGCUCCUCUGGAGACCCUCCACCUGGACGUGUGGGGCCCAGCCCGCGUUCGUGGUCAGGGCGGUGAGCGGUAUUUUUUGCUGGUUGUCGACGACUACUCGCGUUACACCACGGUCUUCCCCUUGCGCACCAAGGGUGAGGUCCCUGCUGUUCUGAUCCCUUGGAUCCGCACGGUUCGUCUCCAGCUCCGCCGCCGUUUCCGGACGGAUCUUCCUGUCCUGCGUCUGCACUCUGACAGAGGUGGUGAGUUUUCCUCCGACCUCUUGAGGACCUUCUGUCAGGCGGAGGGCAUCGAGCAGACCUUCACGCUUCCGGACUCCCCACAGCAGAAUGGGGUUGCUGAGCGUCGCAUUGGCCUGGUCAUGGAGGUCGCUCGUACCUCCUUGGUCCACGCGGCGGCUCCCCAUUUUUUGUGGCCGUUUGCUGUCCGGUACGCCGCGCAUCAGCUCAACCUCUGGCCCCGUGUCUCCUUGCCGGAGACCUCGCCCACACUGCGUUGGACGGGGGAGGUUGGCGAUGCGUCGCGCUUCCGGGUGUGGGGUGCUCGUGCCCUUGUCCGCGAUACGUCCGCGGACAAGCUCUCCUCCUGCACGCUUCCCUGUGUCUUCCUUGGCUUUGUUCCUGACGCGCCUGGCUGGCAGUUUUACCACCCCACCUCGCGCCGGGUCUUCGCCUCUCAGGAUGUCACCUUUGACGAGUCGGUCCCUUUUUACCGUCUCUUCCCCUACCGCACUGCCCCCCUCCCUCCCCCGCCGCUUUUCCUUGCUCCUGGUCCCCCUCCGGUAGACCCCCUUCCCCCUCAGGGUCCUGCUCCUUCAGGUGUCUCUCAGGUAGACCCUCCUCCCGUCGCUGAGCCUGUCGAGGUCACAGGUGACUCAGGUGCUGCUGCGGGUGGUGCUGCUGGGAGUGCUGAGCCUGGGGGUGCUGAGCCUGGGGGUGCUGGGCCUGGGGGUGCUGGGGCUGCAGGUGCUGGGACUGAGGGUGCUGGAGUUGAGGGUACGGUGCCUGAGAGUAUGGAGCCUGGGGGUGCUGCGCCUGGGGGUGCUGAGUCUGCGGGUGCGGGGCCUGGGAGUGCUGGGACUGCAGGUGCUGGAGCUGAGGGUACUGUGCCUGAGAGUUUGCCGCCUGGGGGUGCUGCGACUGGGGGUGCUGAGCUUGCGGGUACUGAGCCUCGGGUUACUGCGUCUGGGGGUGCUCAGGUUAGGGGUGCUGAGCAGUCUCUCACACCGCAGCAGCUUCGCGACUGGUACGUCCGACGCUUUCGCCGUCCUAGUGGCUCGGCUGGAGUUUGGGGUGCUGGAGCUGCUCGUCCUGGGGGUGCUCGUACUGGGGGUACUGGAGCUGCCGGGACUGGCUGUUCUGGGAGCACUGUGACUGGAGCUGCUGGAGCUGGGGACUCUGGCACUGGCGGUGCUAGCGGAGUUGGAGCUGCCGACUCUGGGGGUGGCGCUGCUGCUGGUGCUGCGGACCCACCUGGUGGAGCUGCUGCUGGUGCUGAGGAGUCGGACGGUGGAGCUGCUGCUGGAGCUGGGGACCCGGCCGGUGGAGCUGCUGCUGGUGCUGUGGACCCGGACGCUGGAGCUCCUACUGGUGCUGAGGACCCGGCCGCUGGAGUCCCGUCUGCUUCUGGAGACGCUGCGCGGCCGCGACCAGCGUCGUGA